AUGGUCGUUGGAGAAUCUGUUUAUGGAGAGAAGAGAGUGUCUGUCGAGGACGGAACAGAAAAAAUUGAAUACCGAGUGUGGAAUCCUUUCCGCUCAAAGUUGGCAGCUGCAAUGAUGGCUGGUUUGGAGAAUGUACAUAUCAAGCCGGGCACCAAGCUGCUUUACCUGGGUGCUGCAUCUGGCACCACUGUGUCGCACUGUUCGGACAUUGUUGGCUCGGAAGGAAUUGUUUAUGCCGUUGAAUUCUCUCAUCGAUCUGGUCGUGAUCUUCUCAAUGUUGCGAAAAAGAGACCCAAUAUUGUACCUAUCGUCGAGGAUGCCCGUCACCCACACAAGUACCGAAUGCUCGUUGGCAUGGUGGAUACAAUUUUCUCUGAUGUAGCACAACCGGAUCAAGCUCGUAUUGUAGCUUUAAAUGCGCACAAUUUCUUGAAGAAUGGCGGGCAUGCCGUGAUCUCAAUCAAAGCUAACUGCAUCGAUAGCACCGCUGAGCCUGAGGCAGUGUUUGCUGGUGAAGUUAACAAGUUGAAGGAGGAAAAGUUCAAGCCGAGAGAGCAGGGUGUAAUGACAAGGCAAGAGCCAAUCCAAGCUGUGCAGACGUUCGGCCGUAAGAAGACCGCCACUGCAAUUGCUCACUGCAAAAAGGGGCGCGGUCUCGUCAAGGUGAAUGGCCGCCCACUGGAGCAUCUCGAGCCUCAGAUUCUUCGUAUGAAGUUGCAGGAGCCCCUCCUUGUUGUGGGUAAAGAGCGCUUCCAAGAUGUUGACAUUAGAAUUCGAGUGAGUGGUGGAGGUCAUGUUGCCCAGAUAUACGCGGUACGACAAGCACUUGCUAAAGCUCUGGUGGCGUAUUAUCAUAAAUAUGUCGAUGAGCAGAGCAAGAAAGAGUUGAAAGAUCAGUUCUUCGCGUACGAUAAGUCACUUCUUGUUGCCGAUCCUCGUCGCACGGAAGCCAAGAAAUUCGGAGGACCGGGAGCACGCGCUCGUUACCAAAAAUCCUACCGUUAA